UUGACGAGAUAAGAUAGUUGCGAAAAUUCUGAACUUAAUAAAUAAUUCUCUCUUUAAAAACAUAGUGCAAUCACGUAAAAUCCAAUAGUCAGUGAAAAAUAAUUGGUUGAAGAGAAUUUAGCGUGUGGAUUUUGGUCUUGACCAUCAAAAACACUUCGAUUGGAUCUCUGAAACGGGAAUGGGAGUAUCAGAUACAUUGAAUUACGUUCUGUUUUCUAAUCCCGUCAGCUCGAAUGCCGGUUCGUUUGCGAAAACUGCUGCAUCAGCUGUUAUCAAUUAUUCAGGCCUCAAGCCCCGUGUUGAGUACAAACUGGUUCCACCUGAGCCCUUGUGGAAAUCGGCAGCAGCCUCAGGGCCUUAUUUGAAAUUGGCAGGAUUCAGUGGAGCAACUGCAGUCAUCCUCGGGGCAUAUGGAGCUCACAGGAAAUAUAAGGACGAUCAAUUGAAGCAAGUGUUUGAGACAGCGAAUAGAUAUCAUUUUUAUCAUUCCCUGGCUACGGUGGGGCUGGUUACGUGCAGGGCACCAAUUCUGACUGCUACCCUGUGGAUGUCAGGAUCUCUGAUGUUCUAUAAGAGUUCCCUUUCGGCUGGUCCCUGUGGCAGCGGGACUGCUACUGAAGAGUCGCUGAGUCGGCUAACGAGCAGAUACCCCAGCAUUGCGUGUGGCGUCCUCCCUCUUAUGGGGUCGACUACUACGAUGCCGCUGGGGUCACUCAAACCCCCAGAACUGAGUCUCUACUUUGGUCAAUCCUCUUUGGUCAAGCAGGUUGACAAUUAGAUAACGCGCUCAUUACAAAAAUAUAGUUUCACUAGGAGUAGAUAUAUUGAAAAAGUUUCGUUUUCAAAAAUGUCAAAUUUUUCAAUUUCACUGGAUAUCUCCUGGAUUU